GCUGCCGGGAUGGGAGUCUGAGAGGAGGUGGGACGAGUCCGUCGCUGGAGGAGCGUGGUUGCGGUCUCCCGCUGGGGGUUUGGUGCUGGCGGGGUUAAGCCCGCCAUGGAGCCGGUGACCAGGUGGAGUCCGAAGCAAGUGGUGGACUGGACUAAGGGCCUGGAUGAUUGCCUGCAGCAGUAUGUCCAUAAAUUUGAACGAGAGAAGAUAAAUGGUGAACAGUUGUUACAGAUUUCUCACCAGGACCUUGAAGACUUGGGUAUCUCACGGAUCGGACACCAGGAACUGGUUCUAGAGGCUGUGGAUCUCCUGUGUGCACUGAACUAUGGACUUGAAACAGACAAUAUGAAGAACCUGGUUCUCAGGCUGCGAGCAUCAUCCAACAAUCUGCAAAAUUACAUCAGCAGCCGUAGGAAAAGUUCAAAUUAUGAUGGGAAUACCUCUCGCAAGCCCCCCAAUGAAUUUCUUACUUCUGUGGUAGAACUUAUUGGUGCUGCUAAAGCCUUGCUUGCAUGGUUGGACAGGACCCCAUUUACAGGUAUUGCUGACUUUUCAUCAAUGAAGAACAGAAUCAUUCAGCUCUGCUUGGAUCUCACUACUACUGUUCAGAAGGACUGCACUGUGGCUGACAUGGAAGAUAAAGUUCAGAAUGUAGCCAAGACUUUAAAUGGCAUUUGUGACAAAGCCAUCCGAUCAACUACAGAUCCAUUGAUGAGCCAGUGUGCGUGUCUGGAGGAGGUUCAUUUAACCAACAUUAAACCUGGGGAAGGCCUGGGAAUGUACAUCAAAUCAACUUAUGAUGGAUUACAUGUAAUUACUGGAACUACAGAAAACUCCCCUGCUGAUCGAUCUCAGAAGAUUCAUGCUGGUGAUGAAGUGAUCCAGGUUAAUCGGCAAACUGUGGUUGGAUGGCAACUAAAAAACCUGGUGGCAAAGUUGCGAGAGAACCCUGCUGGAGUUAGGCUGCUGCUUAAGAAACGUCCCACCGGCUCUUUCCAUUUCACUCCUGCUCCGCUGAAGAACCUGCGCUGGAAACCACCCUUGGUGCAGACCAGUCCUCUGCCAACUUCAACCCAGUCACCAGAAAGCACCAUGGAUACCUCACUGAAAAAAGAGAAGCCAGCCAUUUUGGAUCUGUACAUACCACCUCCACCAGCUGUUCCCUAUUCUCCUCGAGAUGAAAAGGGAAGUUUUGUAUAUGGAGGAGGCAACAAACCCAGUCAGCCACUAUCUGGGUCCAAGGGUGCCGAGUCUCCCAAUUCUUUUCUGGAUCAGGAGAGUCGAAGGCGAAGGUUUACUAUUGCUGAUUCGGAUCAGUUACCUGGGUAUCCCAUGGAAGCAAAUAUCCUGCCAGCCAAGAUGAGGGAAAAAACACAGUCCUAUGGAAAACCUCGUCCUUUGUCAAUGCCUGCUGAUGGGAGCUGGAUAGGAGCUGCAGAACCCUUCUCUAGGCCACGAGCACCAGGGAGAAAAGGCAAGGAUGUCCUGUGCAGGUACUUCAGUAAUGAAAGGAUACCCCCAAUCAUUGAAGAAAGCCCCUCCACACAGCACCCCCUCUCAAGGCCAGUGUCUGACAAGCAGUUAGUGAGGGGAACGGAUUAUAUUCGAGGAAGUAGGUGUUUUAUGAAUACAGACCUCCACAACAGUGCAACAAUUCCUUUUCAAGAGGAAGGUGCUAAAAAAUCUUCUGUUACAUCGUCCACAAAAUCUUCCUCUGCAGAGCCCUCGCUGCUGGUCAGUUGGAUCACAAGACUGAAACUGUUGACUCAUUGACUAUUGUUCAUAGGACUGUUACCAAGUGCCUUUGCUCAUCGGUCAGAUUUCUCUACUUUCAGCUUAACUGAUGCAUAGUGACUAAUGCGAUGUUUUUUUCCUGGAGAAUCUUACGUUUUUGCCUUUUUGUUUGUGAUUUUUUUUUUUUUUUUGAUGGAUCAGAGGGUUUCAUAGUGCAAGGAGGGAAGAAAGAUAAAGAUCAAGUUCCUCUUCCUGGCCAAAAGCUGAGGGCAUUUAUUCGCUUGGAAAUGAGUAAAAUAUCAGUGAUCUAGAGGCCACACAUGACCUGAAAUAUGCAUGAUGACUCAGAGGAAAUCAUUGCAUUACCGUAAAGUCCAGUGGCACUUCAGUUGUCUGAAUUCUCAGAGGCUGGUGCAACUGGCUGGGUGUCAGAGUAUGUAGAGCCUGGCAAAAGCUGUGUUACUCUCCUGACCAGGAAAGAUAAGCAGAGAAACAGCAGUUCCAUGCAACUUAAUGAUGCAGUUGCAAGUACUGCAUGAGAUCAACCUUGUAAGGAAGAAGUAGUAGCAUUGCCAUUCUUUCUCUGAUAUCCAGAGAUCUUAGGAAGAGAUUUCUCUUAUUCAGAGAUCUUAGGAAGGUGGACUAAUUUAAUUAUAAAUCAAUCCAACCAGAUACAUAAUCCAUUUUAUUGAAAUCACAGUACAAGUAAAGUGCUGAACAACCGCAGUGCUCAUCUGUAAAGAUAGAUGGAUUGCUACAACAUGCCAAGGAAAUGCAUCUGUAGAGGUGGUAAAAGAAUAUAUAUUUUUUUCCUUAAUUGUUUAAGAAUGAUUUGCUGUUAACCAAAGUAAGCUUUUAAAGACAGUCCUGUUGGACUUAUGAGAACUUUUACAGUGGUUCAGUUUUUGAAUGAUGUGCUGUUUUUAUGAAAAAUAUGUGCUAUGAUACUUUACAAUUGUAAGACAUCUUGCUAUUUUCUAUAUAGCUCAAAUUUUUCCCCCUCCAGAUUUUUAAAGUAGCAUUGGGUAUUUUGGGAGGAAAAUAAAACUUGUUUAACAAAAGAAGAGGAUAUUAAAGAGGUAUUGUUUAAAACUGAAUGUACAUAAGAUUGUUAGUAUGCAAACAGUUGUGUUUAAAGUAAUUUAAAUGUUAAAUAUAGUUGUAUAUAUUUUUUACACUUACAGAUACAGUUUGUACCUUCCUGUCUGCGGUACUGGGCACAGAUUAGUCAAAUGAAAAGAAAAAGGAAGUCUUUCGUAUUCCCUGUGAAUUAUAAGACUUAACUAUUUUCGUAGAUGCUACAUUGCCAACAGCCUUUACUCUUUUUGGUCUUGCUGAAAACAAGAAGAAUUUAUAUUUAAUAAUUGGUGGGGAAAGAGGGAGGUUAAACACUAGUUUCCAGUUUGGACUGGGGCAGGAAUCAUAUGUGAUAAAAUAAGUGUUAAAAACUGUGAAGAUGUGACCAUUCUGCUGCAACAAGCUUAUGAAGUUGUGCUACAGCCCUGCAGAGACAGGGUGUUAAGUUCAGUUAUCAAUUAAUUGUUUGAUUGUGACUCACUGGUGAUUUACGUGGGGACUGGUUUGGACCUUUCUGAUCAGAGCAGAUUAUAAUAUGUCUGCCUUGUGCCACUCUUCUCUGCUCCCCGAGGUGGCAGUCUGUCCUAGAGACGUGGCCAAACACAGCUGCAAGACAGUUGAACUCUAGACCAGUUUGGUCCUGCCUCUGAGAAGGCUGAAACUGCCCUGUUGUAGGCACUGUGGUGUAUUAUAGCCAGCCCCAAUUUGACUGGACUGUUUUAAAUUGAAUCACAGUUACUGAACUAGAGUGAAGUCAGAGAUGUUGUCUAAACAAGACUUUAAAAUGGAACUUUUGCGCAUCUUGAAAGCCCUGGUUGCCAUGGUUUAAAAAUGAAUGGGGAAGCGUCAUGCAUACUGAUGUGGAAGAAACUAUGGAGGUACUUGGUUUCUUAGGAUUGCACCUGGGCACACUUUUAAGACACUGAAAAGUUGCUUACUUUAUUCGGUUAGGUUCUCUUGAAGCUUGGUCUAAGAGUAGUGAAAUAAGCUUGCCCUAAUUUAACAGGUAGCUUUAAAUCACUGCAGCUAUGAGGAAUUUCUAAGCAUUGAGGCAGAAUGAAACUUUCAAAAUCUGCCUUCUUGCCUAAAUAUAGGCUAAUUCCCCUGCCCUGCCAAAAAUAACCCCCAGCCAACCAAUGUCCAUCCUCUCCAUGCUGCAGUGUCCUAACCAUGCUGAGUUAAGGUACUGAAUUUGUCCUUUUCUCAGUCAAUCAUAAGGAUAUUCAGUUGUUGAUUGUCCAGGGAAAGAGUUGCCUGGCUCUCAUGGACAGGGGAAAUGGGUACUGUUCUAGAAAUUACUGGGAAUGGUAUUGCAGUUUCUCAGAAUCACAGAGUGGCUGAGCUUGAAAGGAACCUCUGGAGGUCACCUGAUUCAGCCCCACUGCUCAGGCAGGGUCAGUUGCCCUGGACCAUUUUUUUUAAUAUCUCCAAGGAUGGAAACUCCACUACCUCCCUGUGAAAUCUGUGUCGGUGCACUGUCACCCUCCCAGUAAGAAAGUAUUUCCUGAUGUUCGGAGGGAACCUCCUGUAUUUCAAUUUGUGCCUGUUGCCUCUGGUCCUGACACCGGGCACCACUGAAAAGAGCCUGGCUCUGUCUUAUUUACUCCCUCCCUGCAGGUAUUUAUACACAUUGAUAAGAUCCCCCUGAGCCUUCUCUUCUGCAGGUUGAACAGUCCUAGGUCUCUCAGCCAUUCCUCAUAGAAGAGGUGCUCCAGUCCAUCAUCUUGGUGUCCCUUUGCUGAACUCUCUCCAGUGUGUCCAUGUCUCUUUUGUACUGUGCAGUCCACAACUGGACACAGUACCCCAGGUGUGGCCCUAUGAGUGCUGACUAAAGGGAAAGGAUCACCUCUCUCAACCUACUGGCAAUACUGUGGCUGAUGCAGCUGAUUUUUCCACUGUAAAUUAGCCAAGACCAUAAAUCACAGAAUCACAGAAUGGUUUGUGUUGGAAGGGACCUUAAAGCCCAUCUAGUUCCAACUCCCCUGACAUGGGCAGGGACAGCCUCCACUAGACCAGGUUGCUCAAAGCCCCAUCCAACCUGGUCUUGAACGCUUCCAGGGAUGGGGCAUCCACAGCCUCUCUGGGUAACCUGUUCCAGUGCCUCACCACCCUCACAGUAAAGAUUUUUUGUUUUGUAAUACCUAAAUCUCCCCUCCUUCAGCUUAAACCCAUUAUUCCUUGUCCUGUCACUACAUGCCCUUAUAAACAGUCCCUCUCCAGCUUUCUUGUAGCCCCCCUUCAGGUACUGGCAGGCUGCUGUAAGGUCUCCUCAGAGCCUUCUCUUCUCCAGGCUGAACAACUCCAGCUCUCUCAGCCUGUCCUCACAGGAGAGGUGCUCCAGCCCUCUGAUCAUCUUUGUGGCCCUCCUCUGGAACUUGCUCCAAGAGGUCCAUGUCCUUCUUAUGUUGAGGGCUCUAGAGCUGGACGCAGUACUCUGGGUGGGGUCUCAUGAGAACAGAAUAGAGGGGCAGAAUCACCUCCCUUGACCUGCUGGUGACACAUCUUUUGAUGCAGCCCAGAAUACGAUUGGUGCAUAUUGAUGGCUCAUGUUGAGCUUGUUGUCCACCAACACCCCCAAGUCCUUCUCCUCAAGGCUGCUCUCAAUCCAUUCCCUGCCCAGCCUGUAGUUGUGCUUGGGAUUGCCCCGACCCAUGUGCAGGACCUUGCACUUGGCCUUGUUGAACCUCAUGAGGUUCACAUGGGCCCACCUCUCCAGCCUGUCAAGGUCCCUCUGGAUGGCAUCCCUUCCCUCCAGCAUGUCAACUGCAUGAAGAUCAUUGAAAACACGUUCAUGCAUGGUUUCUCAAUCUAAAGGGCAAAUAAUGUUGGAGUAUUUUUGCCCCUCUUGGGCUUUUUCCAUCAUUUGCAGAUGACAUCAAGUUGUGCAGGAGUGUUUAUCUGCUUGGCUAGAUUAAUGUGCUAAGGCCAAUUGUAUGAGGUUCAACAAAAAUAAAGUCUGGGUCUUGCACUUGGGGGUCGCAACCACCCCAUGCAAUGCUACAGGCUUGGGGAAGAGUGGCUGGAAAGCUGCCCUGCAAAAAAGGACCUGGGGGUGUUGGUCAACAGCCAGCUGAAUAUGAGCCAGCAGUGUGCCCAGGUGGCCAAGGCCAACAGCAUCCUGGCUUGUAUCAGCAAUAGCGUGGCCAGCAGGACUAGGGAAGUGAUCAUCCCCCUGUACUCGGCACUGGUGAGGCCGCACCUCGAGUGCUGUGUUCAGUUUUGGGCCCCUCUCUACAAGACAGACACUGAGGUGCUGGAGCAUGUCCAGAGAAGGGCAACAAAGCUGGUGAAGGGUCUAGAGCACAAGUCUUGUGAGGAGCAGCUGAGGGAACUGGGGCUGUUUAGCCUGGAGAAAAGAAGGAGACCUUAUUGCUCCCUACAACUACCUGACAGGAGGUUGUAGCCAGGUGGGUGUUGGUGUCUUCUCCCAAGUAAGAAGCGAUAGGACAAGAGGAAAUGGCCUCAAGUUGUGCCAGGGGAGGUUUAGAUUGGAUAUUAGGAGAAAUUUCUUCACCAAAAGGGUUGUCAAGCACUGGAACAGGCUGCCCAGGGAAGUGGUUGAGUCACCAUCCCUGGAGGUAUUGAAAAGGCGCGUAGAUGUGGUGCUUAGGGACAUGGUUUAGUGGUGGACUUAGCAGUGCUAGGUUAACGAUUGGACUCUAUCUUAAAGGUCUUUUCUGACCUAAAUGAUUCUAUGAUUAUUGGUGGGCUAUUGGAGUGUAUGUAUGCAGAAUAAAUAUAGCAGAACACGAUAUAUCUGAUUUUCUUGUAAAAAGCCAUAUCCUUACUACUGUGAACUUACAGUGUGCUCAAGUUAGUUACCUUGACUUCUUGAUAAGCUUGUCUGCAAGUACUACAUACUGCUCACUGUACUGCAAAACUUUUUAUGUAAUGUAUGGUAUGUAGGAGUCUUUUUGCUGGCAUUUUAUUGUCCUCAGCAGAGGGUUGGCGGGUUUUUUUUCCCUCUCUGAUUAUCAGAUGGAAAAGCUCCAAUAACUGUUCUCAGUAGUAAUACAUAGGCUAUUUUGGUCUGCAGUAUAAAUUGUAGAUAUUGGAUGUGUGUGCUCUUCCCUCACCCUUCUACCUCAUGAAUUUUUAAUGCAGUGACUUCACUUUUUGGAACAAGCAGUUUAACACAGUGACCUAAAAUGUGGCCAUAUCUGUUUUUUGAAACAUGAGGAGGUAAGUGCAGUUGAAAGACUUAUGGGAACAGACUCUGCUCUAACAUCUAUAAACUAGAGCUUUUUACUUCCUGUGCCGGUGACAUUGAUUACCAAAAAGCAAAUGCAUCAAUGAAACUUAACAAUAAGAUAUAUAGAGAGCUGUAACUUCAAGCACUUGAUUAGGUGAAUUAAACACCAGAUUCCUCUUUCCUUUGCCUGUAUAGCUCUCUAAUGUAUGUAACUUGACCUUCUUCCAAAUGUAAUUUUGCUACACAGGGCUAACUGUUAGGGUAUUGGCUGCAAGAUUCUCUUCUAAUACAAUUUUUUAUCAACUGUCCCUGGGCUUUAUGGUUAUGCACUCAUCAUUCACUCUAGUAAUCCUGAUUUGAAGUGAAAAUCAGUUUUAAUUGACCCAUUUUGUCCCUUUUCCUGAGAGAAAGGAAGGAAAAGAAGGGAAUAUCUAUGGGAGACGCUUGUUCAUAAUUUAUAUGUCAAGUCCAAGGGGAAGUAACAGUUACCUUUCUUCCUGCAUGGAGCCGGGAGGAGGUCUGAAGGACUUGGGGAAGAUUCUAAGUCCAUAGCCACCUGCAGCUCAGGUAUUUUGAGGGAGAACUACUGCUCCAUAGCCCUUUUCUGCUCAAGAUUAUUCUUAAAUCAGUAUAGCCAACCCUAGCAGAAGGAGCCUCACAUCUUCAAGGACUUUCUGGCAGCUGCUUUAGCUAUGUGUAUGUCACACCAAAGCUGCUCCGUCCUGCAGAGCCUCUUGCUAUCUGGAGUGGUUGUACAUGGCUCUGAGAGGUGACCACUAAGCAAGGGUAUGUCUUGGCUCAGGUAUGCACAAAUAAUCUCCAAAUGAUUUCUUUACCAAAGAAGGAAGCAUGUAGCUCUUACUUCCUUUCCUUUGUAUUUGUUACAAAAUGUUAAUAAUACAAGAAAGGUCUUUCCAAGAGAACUGAUGGAGGAGAUGGGGGUGUCAGGCUCUGAGCUGGAGAGGGGUUUGGUGUUGUGUAGAGAACAAGCGUGCUGUUGCCACUGGAUGAUAAUGCAGUCGGUUGAAUAAGCUGCCGCAGACGUGUAGCAGCAGCUAAUAAAGUCCUACAUUUUGUUCCAAAGAAACAAUCAAGUCCCUCACUGCAUGAGCACCAAGUGAGAGGGAAAAUACAAAUACCAAUGUAGGAAGAGAAAUAAAGUGAAGUUGCAAGCAACUGGUAGAAAGCAGAUCUUUAAGAGCAGCUUUUACAUUGUUCUAUGAAAAGCACUUGGACUUUAGAUGGUUUGCUUCCCUGCACGAUCUCUCUUCCCUAGCAAAGAACAGAGAUUAAAACCCCCAGCUUUCUCUACGUCUGUGUGCAAUGUGCAAUAUUAACCAGCUGAUGUUUAGCAAAUAGCAGCAUGGCACAGAUCAUUUACCACUAUCCUUACCACUUGGGAGAAAUGCUGCUGUUAGUUUAGGAGAAUGGUUUAAAAUGCAGGAAGGACCCAUAGCAGUGUAUGUCACACUAUUCCCAAGUGUGGUUAUUUUUCUUCUUUACAGUAACAGCUCCUGUUAGAAGUUCUAGUGUAUGGAGAAGUGUUAAAAAUUCAAAUUUUUCAGAUCGUUCCUUUUGCAUUUUAAUCUCAUUUGGAGAGGGUGAAAUCUGUCCUGUCUCCUACUCAUCUUUUCUGCUAUUCCUCUUUGUACCAUAUUAAUUGAAAAAUGAGGGGAAACAUCUGAAAAGUCUGAACUCCCAAGACUAGUGUGCUUUCUUUGUCCAAGAGAUUAAACUUGAAAGACGUUGAUCCCUUAACUUUUUACUAGGUAUAGUGAAUAUAGAGUAUGGUCUAUAGUUUGGGAUUAAAAAAAAGACCCACAGAUGUAGGAAUAAAUCACAGGCAAUAUCUUUCUGGCUUAAUCUGAGAAAAAUGUAGGUGACAAGUUAGCAACUGCUAUUAUGCAGAAACUUGGCUCGUCUCUUGGUAUUGAAGGUACGUGUAUCUGCUAUAACAAAAGCUAUGCCUAGGUUUACUUCCCUAAUGAGUACAACAUACAUAUUCAGAUAUCCUGCCAUAGUACAGUCCUCCACAAUAUUCUGAAUACUUUGUCAUGGUGGCAAAACAACACAGUUAAUUGGAAAAGAUUGUAAAACCCACAAAAAUGACAAAGUACUUGGUACUCUUGCUUAUAUGCAUAGAGAGGUUUCAGGAAUGUGCACUUCAGAAAGAUUGAGCAGGCUUCUGUUUUAGUUUGUAGCGUAUUUGCAAGCCAGUACCUUGAGUGCCCCCUACAUAACCAUUGCAAGAACAUGCUAUUCUAGAUGGUAAUGUGCAAGAGGAAAUAAGGUAUAAAAAUGAGUACUAACGGCUUGUAGAGACAGAGUUCAGGGCAAUGCUUCAAGCAAUGUGUUUCCUCUAAUAUUAUGGAUAAUUAAACUAAUCAGUGUUUGAAUUCUGGAUGACCAACAGAGGUGGACAGAGUACUGUGAGUAUUAUACUAAUUUUAUACUAAUCAAUGAACUGAUAACCUUUUCUUCCUCCUAAGUAGGGCUUGUUUUAAAAACAACAUACUCCAUAAGGUGGGUGCUCAUUGAACAGAGAGGGGUGGGGAAUCUAAAACUUAGCCAAACCAGGAAACAGAUGGUGAAGACUAGCUUUAUAGUUGGAGAGGCUAAAGAAUUUUCUUUUUAGAAAAAUAUUUUUUUGUCCAAAUCUUAUGUCUUGUUUUAUUACAUUGCUAACAGGCAGUCUUCACAAACUGCUCUACACGUGCAGCCACAUCCUGAAUAGACCAAGUUAACCCCCUCAUCAAGCUUUAACUUGGACCUUAAUGAUAAAUUCAGCUCAAAUCUUUUUUGCAGGUUUUACUUCCUCAGGAGUUUUUCUGCAUUCAGCAGUCAGUUUUUGGAGUCUCUUACGCAUAAUCUGGGCAGCAAGACUCAUGUGCAUGCAUUCUCAGAACUGCCUUUGCCAGCAGGAUCGGUAUCUUGGAGGAGGGUGGGUGCUGGCUUGUGCUUGUGGUUUCUGCAUUUAGAUAACUACUUCUUCCCCUGGCUUCCACCGUGCGUCCUAGUGCACCAUCUCAGAGCGUGAGUUAGAAAUGCUUAUGCCCAACUGGAAAGAAGUGUUGGGUCCUUUGGAUUAAACUGACUUUGUCCUGCUGUACAACUGUGGCUUCUUUCUUCUCUCUAGUGUCAGUUUUCCACAGGCUGUGGUUAUGGAGCAUGCACUCUUUGUGGCUAUCACAUAAAAUGCUUUUGUCAUCUUGCAGGCUGUAAGGUUUUAUAAUAGACAAGAGUGCUCAAGAAAGCCAUCGACUUAAACUAAAAUGUAGAAAGAGCACUCCAAAAAGACUUAGUUUGGUGAAUGAAGAGGUGCUGGGCUAAGCUGAACGUAUGGGUCUGUGUUGUGUUGAGCGCUGUUUCAGCUGCGUAGCAGUAACUUCGCAGAAAAAACAACCCACACAAGUGCUGCAUGCCCGUUUGUUUCUACUGCUACAUUUGUGUGGUGCUGGAAUAUGAAACAAGGGCAGUCACUCAAAGUAGUUAUAUAUAGUUCCACGCAUGGUACUUGAGCUGUAAGAUGCAUGACAAAAGCAGUCAAGAGCUGCUGUCAAUAUAUAAUUUCACCAAAUUCUACUGCCUACGCUGCUGCUGCUUCAGGUUAAAAUAGGAACCCCUCUUUAUCCUGUUGCCUGCACAAUGCGAGCUCAGCUCUCUGGCAAGUGCAUAAUCAUCAGGUUUGCCUUCUUUUGUGAUAGUUGGUAACUGCUGGUGAGAUUGUUGUUCCCGUGGGACCUCACGCAGUGGUCCAAAAGCUUAGUUACUUUGGGUUACCCUGGACCCAGUCCAGAAGUGGAAAGUAAAAUUUAAAAAAAUAUUGCCGGGUCAAUAUCAUUUAGAGUUGGGAUUUUUUAAUACAUGCUAAAUAUGAAACAGGCAGGAGUUGUCUGUUGCGCGUUCUUUGCCAGUAGUGAGAAAAAUGAGGAUUAUAUAUUUGGUGGAGGAAAAAACCCCAGACCUUUGGGUGUCCUCCAGUUCCUGCCAGUGGGAGAAAAGUGUUUGUUUUAGCAUGACAUAGAAUAGAUGUAAACAUUUCUUUUUAAACCUCCCUGUGUGGCCACCUCAGUUGUUCAGGAUGAUGUAAGACACUGACUUUCCCCCUUAAGUGGUUAUGGAGUUAACCUAAUACAUUUUUUGGGAGACUGCAAAGAUAUAUUUUCUUAGGUGAUUACAUGUUUUGUUAACUGGGUAUGGAGACGGAGGAAUGAACCAUAAACCAAAUGCCGGACAGCGCUGAUUUACAGGGAGAAUCCUUGGGGUCAGUUUGUGAUUGCAAUUUCUGUUUGUUCCCUGGGCUCUGGUGAAGAUGAAUGUUCACCACACGUGGUGGCAGAUAGGCACCAGCCAAAGAAUUAGAGGACAACCAAGUCCAAUUUACAGUGCCGCUUUCAGCAAAGUGGAUUAGCUACUUGGGGGUUUUGUUUUGUUUGUUUUUUCCUGUAAGUGUAGCCUUCCUUUAGUACGGAUGGGCCAGAGUAGGAACCGUUGAAAAGUAACUGUGGAGCAAACCCCAUGAGAUCCUGAUGAAGCAGUGAGCUGUGCUUGCUGCCGGUGCUCGGCUGCUGCGUGUUUUGAUGUACCCUGGGAGUGCCUUUGCAGGUAGUGAGCCUCAGGCCCUCGUGACCUUCACUUAGAGGCUUUUUUGUUCAAGAAGUAUUUACUGAGAGCCAUAGAAAACACCGGUCUAAACUGAUAUAUGUAUUUAAUGGGUUUUUGAAGUAAUUGCAUGCUUCUCAGUGCUACUUAGUAACGUGUUUCCCUCUUUCAUCCCCCGUUAGCUGUUUCCAGUGCAAAUACUUCUAAUGAAAUCCUCACAUAUUUACAGUGAAAAUGUUAAUAAUGCCAAGUAGUCACAAAUGGGCUGUAAAGUUUUAUCCAUGAACUGUAAAAAACCAAACGAAAACAAAAAUACAGACACAAGAAGAAACCCUUUUUCUACCUUAUAAAUAAUAACUUUGUGAAUGAUAAUGAAUAAUAAUGAACCUAAGGAUUUUCACCCAGGUGAAACAAUUACCCAAACUUUAGUGGCUGCAUCUUGAGUGAUUUAUUUGAUUUUAUUACAUAAGGGUAGGAAGUGAGGGCUGUAGUCAGGUGUUGUAGAUUCUUGUAGAGCAAUUGUGGUAUUUAAAUUUCUCUCCACAGAACUUGAACAAAGGCUUACCUAAGCAUAACGCAGCUCUAGCUGAGCCUGUCUUCCCCAAGGCCACUGAGCAUCCCACUGAACGCGCAGAAGUCUUACUAUCUUCUGGCACAGCUCUUGACUGUUUGUUUCUGGUGGGGAAGUUGGUAUAAGUUGCUAUAAGUGAGUAGCAUGAGAACAAAACAAAUUAUCUCCAAAAUGAAUUAUUUCCCUUUCCCUACUUCCUUCUUCCUCUCUGACCUUCUCCUCCCUACAUUUAAGGCUGGGGGACUUUCCAGGAAUUUAUUGCACAAACAAACAGCUAUAAAGCUUUUAAUAUUUAUAGCAUAAUCUAGUUUGUUUUGUUGUCCGAGAUAAUUUUGGCCAGAGCUUUCCAGUAAAAAUAGCGCUGCCGGCAAGAUGGUAUUUCCAAGCUCUCGAUUCGCAUAAGAAUUCCUCUCUGCUUAGUAAGCCGUUGGCUUAGACUCUGCUUUGAAGCUGCUUAGACCACCCCAAGCGGUCCUUGGCCCUUUAGCUCCAAACACAUCAGCUUCUUAUCACUGGAGAGGAAGAAAGGUCUGCUUUUUCUCCUUGCUCUGGGUUUUGUAACACAGGAUUCGCAGGUCCUGUUGGAGAGAUGGGUGCGGACCUACCACAGGGGCCUCCUGCCCUUUGCUGCCUGCCCCUCUCCCGCUGUCUGUGUGCAGGACGGGGGGACGAGAUGGUGAGGAGCAGCCCAGCAGCUAAACCAGCAGCUCCUCUCCUCCUCUCCCCUCCCCGAGCUGAGUGACAGGCCUCUGGUUCAGCUCUCAAAAUACAAAUUUAGAAAGUUUUUGGUUGCAGAAGAGAUGAGUGAUUGUUCAGGUAUUUUUUUAGAAGUAAUAAAGACAGGAAGUACAAACAUUUAGGAUCGAGUACAUCUCAUUGUUUCCCAGUUGGAAGGCUUGCCCGGGAUGCUGCCGGUGGGGCUGGGCAUUAACCCUUUCCUCAGCAUGCCACCGUUGAGCUCUGCGGUCCCCUCUCCUGCUGUCACGCAGGGGCUGCUCUGUGCCUUUUUUUCAGGGCUGGGCUGGAUUUUUACUAACAGCAACCUCACUGACAGCUUCCUGCUGCCCUGUAGUCAAGUAGGGGAUUUCCUUCCUCCCCCAGUGUGGCUUUUUUGUCAGCUGGGAGCCAGGUGAGGCUCGAUCCCCAUAGCAGGGAGAGGGGAGAGGCUGGGUGGUACAUACACCUGGUCGCAUCGGCUGUGUGGUGUCCUGGGGUGAAUAACCUGCGCUUGCUUGAUGUGACUGUGGUCCCCGUGAGCUGUAGGUCAGAACUAGUUUAUGAGUAUACUUAAAUAGCAAACGAAUCUGUGACUAGAAAACCAAAAACCAGAAUAAAAUCCUAAUGUGAUAAGACACGUUAUUUGCAAAGUUUAUUUUCCUGCGGAAGUGUAGGCACAGUUUGGAGGGAUGUUGUGUCCCGCAGUGCGGUGUUAACACAGAGGUAAUGUGAGGGAGCAGUUAUUAAAAUAAAAAAAAAAUAAAAAGGUUUGGCAGCAUAUGAGCUCCUCAUGUGGCACAGGCAUGAUUCACAUAGUGCUGUGCAGAAAGGCCUUUGUUAAAGUGAACUGGGCAAGUAAACUGGGCUUGUCUGGGAGGGACUGGGAAGUGAGGCAUUGAGGCAGACACCCAGGGGUACUCAUGCAUGGGUGAGCCUGGCCAGAAGAAAUGCAUUUGACUUGCUAUGGACUGGAGUUUGCUGUUGUGCUUGGGAUGGAUAUGGUCUGUGGUGGGGGGAUAAGGUCUCUAGCAGGAUGUGCAAAAGGCUCAGGUUUCAGUACCGUGACGCAUUUUCCCAGUGGCUGACCAAAGAGAGGGAGCGUGAUGAGAAGUAUUCCCCUUGCUAUCAAGAAAUGGCAGGGAAUUAAAAGACCAUCACCAGAAAUUUGAAGGUCAGAAAACCUGAACCACGUCUGGUGACCAAAGCACAUGACAUCUCCCACAGCACACUCCUGCAAAUGGGGAUUUUUUGGUCUAGUUUCCAAUGAAGUAUUUGACACUUUUUCAAAAUGCAGAAAAUUUCAGGCUUUAGUCUCGCACAGUGCUUGCUGAUCACGUAGCUGGGUGUGAUUGGAAACGUCUUGGUGGGGGUGGGUGAGUCUGGCAGUGUUGACUCGGAGCAGGAGCUGCAAGGUCAGAGUUGCUCCAGCCUGACUAGUUUGAUACAAGCUCUUUGAUUUAGACAUGCAUAACACCUCUAUAUCUUAAAAUGAAGUGAAAGUCAGUAAAAAAAAUGCAAAACCAAACAAAAGCCAUUAGUGGAAGAAGAUAUGCUGCCAAAGUGUGAUUGUCUGUCUGCUUUCCAGUACUCUCACCUACCUAGCAUCCCCAAGACAAAAUUCCAUGUGGUGCCCUAAUGGAGAGAGGCACACUAGGUGACCCCAAAGGCUUCCUUCUGUUAAUCAAAGCACCAGGCCAAGCAAAGUUUCUGUUAUUUUUCUCUAGGUCUUGACCGACUUCCAGUGAUGACCAGUCCACUCAAUCUGUUGCCGCCUUCUCCCUUUGCUUAAGGGAGGUGGCCUGUGGUGGCAUGGGUGCUGCACACGCGCUUGGGCAACAGUUGUGUAUUCUUCUAGAUGGCUCCAAUCUGGCUGCCCUCGCUGAGCACCUUGGGCAGUUUCUGCACUGUCACACUUGUGCGCCUGCAGAAGGCAGUGUUGUGUUCAACAUGCUUGUGCUGCUUUUAUACCCCAGGAUAAAUAAGCAUUUCUCCUGCGAGGUGAACAGGGCUUGUCUGGCAAGAGGUUCUGUCCAAGGCAGCACUAGGUCUGAUUCUUCUUUUGCCUUUUUGUCAAAUCUGUUUGGUUUAUGAGAGCUGUUUCUUAUGGCUGCAGGGGUGAAAUGAAAAUAGGAUCUUGUUGAUGAAGAGGAUUCAAGUGAACAUUUGAACAAAUGAGAAGAGGCCAGGGAAAUUAGAGAAGUCAAAACAGGUGCUAUUUCUUCAUCUUUGAGCAGUGCUAAACCAAAGAUACACCAAGUAAAUGUGUAUGCAUUUUGCAUUUGUGUGGUUUUUUUCUCACAGCCUACUGUCUGGAAACUUUUAAUAUUAUUCUCCUACAAGUUUCUAGACAAUGAGAAUAUUUUGAACUUUCAAAACGUAGCUGCAGGUAACUUUGCGGGACAUCUGCGAUCAAGUUGCUGCUUAUUGUGCUGUUGUAUCUGGGAGAGCAGUCUGCUUGCAACAUCUGGCUUUUCUGUUCCUUCCCAGCUCUCUCACUCUAAAACCAAUGCACAGCAUAUCAGGUGGCUUUCAAAAUGAUGAGCUAGUCACUAGAUCCUCUUUUCACUGCCCUGUUUGGUGUAACUUUUGAGAACAAUAUAAAAUGGAUUUUUAAAGGCUGGAGGUACUCCAGUAUGUAAGCACAGGUAGAUGUAAUUAUUGCUAGGUUUGAGAACUGGAGCUGUUGUAAAGUAAAGGAUACAUUGCUGUAUUUUAGAUUAAAAGUUGUUCUUCAAAUAGCAAUUGUGUUGAUAUGUACUUGGACUAUUAAUUACGCUUUUGAUUCAGAAAUGCACAAAGCACCAUUUG